AUGGAAGAAGAAUAUCAGAAAAAACUGUUCACACAUCGAAGGACGAUCGACCAUGGAAACACAUUUAGUCGAUGGAUUAUAGAAAACAAGACUGGAGUGCUGACCCCAAGUUCUUUGACAGCACGAUCAUCCAGAGCAUAUCACCAUGGAUUAGUGUCACGAACUAGACCAGACGCUAGUUAUAUUGCCGAUAUUGUUCCUCCAUUAGCAUAUAAAUCUUCCUCUUCCAUCACUUCUCUACCGACGAAGUUCGUUCACACUAGUAUCAACAAGAUUAGGCAUCCAGUAUUAGUGACAGUAUGGACUCCGGAAGGAAGACGUCUGCUCACAGGAAGUAUGAGUGGAGAAUUCACCUUGUGGAAUGGUAUGACGUUUAAUUUUGAGACUAUCAUGCAGGCACAUGAUAACGCUAUUAGAUCCAUGGUAUACUCUAAUAAUGACGAAUGGUUGUUAUCAGGCGAUCAGGAGGGUCAAAUCAAGUACUGGCAGUCCAAUUUCAACAAUGUUAAUAUCCUUAAUGCACACCGAGAAGCUAUUCGUGAUAUUGCCUUUAGUCCUAAUGAUUCUAAAUUUGUUACAGCCUCAGACGACGGUAGCCUGAAAAUUUGGAAUUUCAACGAUAGUUCAAAGGAAGAGUCCACUUUGAAUGGACAUGGUUGGGAUGUUAAAUGCUGUGAUUGGCAUCCUACUUUAGGACUUAUUGCCAGUGGAUCAAAAGACAACACUGUCAAACUAUGGGACCCAAGAAAUGGUGGCAAGUGUUUAUCCACUCUUCAUGGCUAUAAAAACACAGUUACAAAAAUGAAGUUCCAAAAAACUGGUAGCACACAAAUGUUGCUAGCAUCUACAAGUAGAGACCAUACUGGCCGAAUCCUUGAUUUGCGGAUGAUGAGAGAUAUGGUUGUUUUAAGAGGUCAUACAUCGGAUGUUUCCUCUUUAGCAUGGCACCCUGUGCACGCCAAUCUUAUCACUACCGGUACUCAUGAUGGUACAAUUUCGCAUUAUGACAUAGAUACACUUUUGCCCGAAAACACCACCGCCUUAGAACCUGUUCUUAAAAUCCCCAAUGCCCAUGAUUGGCCCAUCUGGUCUCUCAGCUACCACCCUCUGGGCCACAUUCUCUGUUCCGGUUCAAAUGACAAGACUGCUCGUUUCUGGUGUCGUGCUCGGCCCAAUGACGAAACUGCCUUUGAUGACAGGUACUACCAUGAAGAAGAGAAAAUUCAGCAAGGAGGUGGUGUACUGGGCUAUCAACAAAAAAAUCCUUACCAGUAUCAAUCACAAAGACCACAAGCUGGGCCUACCCCAGCAACCGCACCAACGGCAGCGCCACAAGUCCCUGCUGGUAUUCCUGGAAUUCCUGGUAUACCCGGCAUUCCUGGACUGUCAUCUAUUUCGUCCUAG